AUGUACGCCACCAAGCCGCUGUCCCUGUUCAAGAGCCACCCGGAGGCGGCGUCGCGGCCGCCACCGGAGGGCCGGAACUCCGGCUACCUGGUGGUGAAGGGCGCCGACGACGAGGGCAGUGACGACGAGACGUGCUGCUGGGGCACCUGCGGCGGGUCGCGCGUGCGGGACCUCCCGUUCCCGCAGAACCGCGUGCUGACGGUGAGGUACACGGAGCACCACGGGGAGAGCAGCACCACCUACGCCGACGCCGUCGUGUUCGUGCCCGUCCCCGACCAGCCGCUGGCGUCCAACCGCUACUGCCCCGUCAUCGCCACGGGCAGGCACAGGGGCCUCGUCAGGGCGUGCUCCACGGAGGAGGACAUGGUCCCCUGCUGCUUCUGCCGGUGCAUCAACGACGUGGACCCGCGGCCGUUCGACCCGGCCGAUAUCUACCAGCAGAUCGAGAUCGUGCAGCGCCGGCGCGGGCGGUUCACGGCGAGGGCCGUCGCUCCCGACGGCUUCCCCUAUUUCCUGUACCGCAAGAAGUACUGGCGCGUGUACGCGUCCAAGCCCAAGAGCUUCGACCUCCAAAUCGGCGAGGCCCGGGGCCUGGACGCCGCGCUCCGGUCUCGCCAGCUCUCGGACGCCGCCGUCGGGAAAUGGUACUCCCCGUUCUUCCUCGUCAAAGAAGAUGGCGUCGCGCCACGCGAGCAGAUGGAACGCAGCGCGUUCUACGAGGUGACGCUCGAGCAGCGCUGGGAGCCGGUGCACGUUCUUCACGCCGGCGUCCCGAAGAAGCUGGGCAGCAAGAAGGCGCUCAUCGGCGGGAGCGUGGAGGCAAAGCAGGAGGCGGGGAACUCGCGGCACGGCGACGCGUACGUGUGGUUCAGGGCGGCGGCGACGGGUCAGCGGGUGGGGCUGUGCACGAGCGUGUGGGAGAGGAUGCGGUGGGAGGAGUACAGGGGCGGGUGGGUGGACGAGGAGGAGGAUCCCGGGAAGGUGGCCGGCGGAUCGGUGCUGGUGGAGAGGUUCGUCGUGAAGAGGCUGGAUGGCACCGUGGUUCUGGCCUUUGACUUUGUGCAUCUCAAAAAAGUCAGAGCAAAGCAGCUGUGA